AUGUCAGCUAUUGGAUCUCUUGUCUUUUGCACAGAUUGCGGUAACUUGUUGGACGGUUCUGUGGGGAAGCAACAACAGAACAUAGUCCUGACAUGCGGUGUCUGUGGUGCGCAUAAUAAGGAUACGUCGUCAAAGACUGUUGUUACUGUCUCCAAGCCUACCGCUUUUCCUUCUUCCCUGCGCGCGAAGAGAUCCGAGGUGCAGACCAUUUCGGAGGAAGACGUACAAACCACCAGUAUAAUCAACCACCCAUGCGAAAAAUGUGGAAGAGAGCAAGUGCGAUACUACACCCAACAACUGCGAAGUGCAGAUGAGGGUACCACUGUCUUUUACGAGUGUGAUUGCGGUCACAAGUGGAACACGAACAACUGA